AGCUCGAAUUCUGGGCAAAGAAGCACUUCGUUUUGGUCAAAAUAGGUGAACAAGAUAUUUUGUACGCAUCGAAACAAAAAUUACCAGUUGUGACAUUUGAAAAUUUAUUUAAAAAAAUCGAUGAGUGCCAUACAGCUGUUGGGCACUUGGGCAGAGACAAAACGUGGCAUAAAGUAAGCUCCGAUGCGAAAGCGACUUCCUUGAACUAUUUCUUUGUCUCUUAUUUAAGGUAAGUCAUUCGUUAUUCUUUCAUACCAGCAAAACCAGUGGUUGGGAAGCCAAUAAUAUCAGUUGGGUUUAUGACAAGAAUGCAAAUUGACUUAGUCGAUAUGAGAAGUGUUGAAUACAAUGGUUUCAAAUGGAUAUUUCAUGCAAAAGAUCAUUUUUCAAAAUAUUCUUGGCUUGAUCCAUUACCUUCAAAAGAGGCAAUUAAUGUUGCUGAAACGUUAAAAUCUAGUUUUUAUCAAUUCGGACCGCCAAGAAUAUUACAGUCGGACAAUGGCCGUGAAUUCGUGGCAAAAGUGAUUCUCGAUUUAACAAAACUAUGGCCGGGAUUACUGAUAAUCAAUGGAAGAUCAAGACCUCCUCAGUCUCAAGGGCUGGCCGAACGAGGCACCGCGGUCGUACAGCAAUUACUAGGCAAAUAGUUAGAUACAAAUGUUACUAAUGAUUAGCCAUCAGGAUUGGGUCCUAUUAUGUUUUCUAUAAAUACAAGCGUAGCCCGAACCAUUAAUCAAUCUCCAUUCGAAGUUGUUUUCGGACAAUAACCACGUACGAACGACUACACUUGGAAAUGCAUCGUAGUUCAUUUAACUGAAGAUCCAUUGAUUGAUCCACCAACAAACAAUUCUAAUGAAGAACCAAUAUGUAGCAAUAUAGUAUCAACAACAACUCCUCAAGAUCGACAAAUACAGAAUAAUGAAGAAGAAAUACGUUCAGAUUCUAACAUCGAUCAUGAAGAAUUUAUCGAUUCAACCAACUGCGUAUCUGGUGUAGUUGAAUCAAAAGAUGAACCCGUUGGUGCUAAUCGUCACAAACGAAUUCGUGAAAAUGCUGAAGAAUGCUAUUUGAACAAUGCUAAUUCACAACUUACUAGAUAUAUAAACAAGUCCUCUAAACGACAACGAAUUUAUCAUGUUGGCGAUAUUGUUGACUUGAAGGUAUCCGAUGUCAAUCGUACAAAUACCUCUUCGACGAUACUUCCAUGUAAAAUUGUUGAUUCCAAGUGUCAAGAUGGUGAAACUUUUUAUAAUGUUGCAACCAUGAACGGUAUCAUAAAAGAAAGUUUCCAAUCAACAGUUUUUCUAGAUCUUACAGCAUCCAAUUUUACAACAUUACGAACUCUCAACACCGAUUCAUUAUCAUGUGUUACGUUUAUUCAAGCAUGUCAGAUUUAUACUAAUUUCAAAUCGGCUGAUACAUGUAAAUGUAAUGGUGAUUGCAGUAUAAAUCGAUGCAAAUGCAAAAAAAAAGGUCGAAAAUGUUAUUCUAAAUGUCAUGGUGGCGAUGGUUUCAUAUGCAAAAUUUGUUAA